AUGGCAUCUGCUCAAGAUUCCAGAUAUGGCCAGAAAGACACAUCUGACCAGAACUUUGAUUACAUGUUCAAAUUGCUCAUCAUUGGCAACAGCAGUGUUGGGAAAACCUCCUUUUUGUUUCGUUAUGCUGAUGAUUCCUUUACAUCUGCAUUUGUAAGCACGGUCGGGAUCGAUUUCAAAGUCAAAACAGUUUUCAAAAAUGAAAAAAGGAUUAAGCUACAGAUUUGGGACACAGCAGGUCAGGAGAGAUAUAGAACGAUUACCACGGCCUAUUACCGAGGUGCAAUGGGCUUCAUUUUAAUGUACGAUAUCACAAAUGAAGAAUCCUUCAAUGCUGUACAAGACUGGUCAACUCAAAUCAAAACAUACUCUUGGGAUAAUGCCCAGGUUAUUUUGGUCGGUAACAAAUGUGACAUGGAGGACGAACGGAUAAUCCCUACUGAGAGAGGCAAACAUUUAGCAGAGCAACUUGGUUUUGAAUUUUUUGAAACAAGUGCCAAGGACAACAUAAAUGUCAAGCAGACAUUUGAGCGGCUCGUGGAUAUCAUCUGCGACAAAAUGUCAGAAAGUCUGGAAACAGAUCCUGCCAUUGCUACUGGAAAACAGAAUACAAGACUAAAGGACACCCCUCCACCACAGCAACCCAACUGUGGCUGUUAAUACAGUGAUUAACAAAGGCAGCUCCAGUGUGUUCUAUUGCCAACAGAGUACUUAUGAAUGGUCUAUAAGCCUUUAUUUAUACUGUCUUCUUAAUUUAUUUGGGGGAAAUUUAUGUUAGCACCUGGUACGGUAUGUGUAAACAACUGUAUAGAGAUGUUAUCAUUAGUUUGUAAGGACUACCCAUUUCUCACCAUCUGGCCUUUGCAUGUGGAUGGCUUCCCGUUUGUCUUCUCUUUUUUAACUCUUUAUACAUUACACUUACUUCAGCUGGUGCUGUGACCUCAGACCAGUUUGCCUAUAUCUGAUUUUUUGUUUCAUUGGUUUUAAAUUACACAAUUUUCUCCUUAAGGUGUAAUGACCAGGUACUUGGGAAUAAGCUUUCUGGUGUCAUUUAUAAUUUACAUAAUACACUGUUAAAUUAAUUCAUCAAUGUUAAAAUAUCGCUCAAAUAUAGGGAGCUUAUCACUGUUCUCUCCAGACCACUUGUUCGUGGCAUACUUCCUAGGGGGUAAUACUGCAGCACAUCCAUGGCCACCUAGGGAAUUCACUGCUGCCUCUGUGCUAUGCAUCAUGACCACUCAGAAAUUCAAAGAAACAGCAGGGGUAGAACUCCAAACUGCCUUGAUCCAAAAACAGGCCCUAGCAUUUGGUAUAGGAAACAUUUAUAUUAACUGCUGGCAGGAUAUGGGAUAUGUCUCAGAUCCAGGAAGUUAUUUAGGCAUUUGCCAUCGAAAUCAUGAGUUAGACAUCCAAAUUCCUAUGUGGAUCUGGGCUUACAUUGCACUUCCAUCCAUUUGAUAUGCACUGGAUGGAUCUGCUCCAACAGAUGGGAGUUGAUAGUUACUUCCUCUGGAUUUUAUUUGCUUUUUAGACAAUGAAUACUCAUCUCUUGAUAUUAUCCCAGAAAAGCCAAAUCCACUGUGUUCAGUUAUUCAAAGCCAGAAAAUAUUUAACCACAUUGCAAUAGAAGCUGUAGUGUGUAGGUCUUCAGGAAUUUCAUCUUUCAUUUUGUUCUUAAAAACAGACGAUCUAUGUGAAUUUUGUAGUCUGAGAAAACCCCGAUGAACAGACUGUAAAAGCCCCUUUCUCUCCUCAAAUAUUUCUGUAGAGCCCCAGCUGAAGGUAGUGAGAUUUGUUGCUGAAGUGAAAAUGAGUCAUUCCACUAAAAAAAGAAUUUGGACUGGACUUGCCUGUGGGAGCUGAGCAGUGAUUCUUGGUGACAGCACAAUCAGAAGUUCGCACAGAUCCUGGACCUAUGAACAAAUUACAGUGACUUAAAAGGUUGUAAGUUCUUACCAUGGAGUAACUGUUUAUCUGUCCACUCUUAUCUCAAAGUUAACUGAGCGCUAAAUCACAAAAAUCCCUGUUUUACUGAAGGCUAAGCUGCUCUAGUUUAGCUUUCACUUACUUAACAUGGGGUAAGAACAGGCACCUGGACAGUUGACUUGGAACAAUUGUACAGCCCAUCUCCUUUAACUCUCCGUAAUUUGUUUGUCCAUACACAAAGAUUUUUGAAAAUUGAGAAGGAAUAAGUUCCUCUGUAAUUUCUGUAACUAGACUGUGCAGAAGACUUGCAAAAUUGGUGGAAGGUUGUGAAGAUAACAGAAUAAUGUCCACAGAUUUUAAUUUUUUUAAGCAUUAAAAAAUGGUCAUUUCUUACAAUGUUAAUAAGCUCUCACUCUACUAAUUGGUGGCAAGUUCUCAUAUCGGUGUCCUGCUGUACUUUGUACAGCUUCUUUAUCUGGGCCACUAUAAUAGUCUUCAAGUAAAUGGUAUUAUUGAGGAGACAUUAACUUUUUGUUGUUCUUAAUUAUUUCAGCUUUAAUACAAGGUUGACAUUUUACUAAAUACAUGCAACCAAAAAAAAAAAAAGAAAGAAAGAGAAACAGAAUAGGAAAGUGAGAACCAUAACAGCUACUUGACAUUGCUUAUGGCACACAAGACUUCAAGGAAACCCCUUUACAGAACAUCACUUCCUUUAGGGUAUUUAUAUAAACUUUAAGGCCACACCUGUAUUAGGAAACAUGGUUAUUUUCAAUGCAUCUGAAUUAAUGCCCAUUAACUACCACAUGGUAAAAUUCUGUCAUGAGCAGGGCACACACAGACAUGUUGGGCAAAAUUCUGUUUUACCCAGGGGAUGACCGAAGUGCAACUUGCAACCAACUCUGAGUUACCCGACUAACCUGUGUCAUUUUAUUAGCCCUCUCUGGGCAGGUAAGGGCCCCAUUAUAGGAUGAUCCUAACAGAUCCUAGUGGCUGUCCACUAGGUGAAACAGAAUUCUGUCCAUUAACUGUUGAGAUAAGCCCACCUUGAUUUACCUUGAUUAACUAACUUCAUGUCUUGGUCUAGAUGCAUCUUGUCUAGCCCGAGGUUUCAAAACGUGUUGGUCAACACCCUCUUAGUUAACAUAUUAAAAAAAUAUACCUUUUUCUUACUGAAAACAGGCCUAUCAGUGCUAUCAUUUGAUUCCAAGAAAAAAUGAGGAAAGGGGAAAAAUUGGCUGCUUACUGCCCUCUGCUUUCAGUUUUUUCAGUAGACGAAGUGGAAGACAUGGUGUAAUCAAGCAGGACCAAGAGAUCUUCAACCUUGCCCUUCUGCAGGCAUAUACAUGGUGUGCCAAGCGUGGUCUGCCUGCCACCCCACCCCCUUUUAGGUACCAGCUCCUCCAGCUGUAGCUAUGCACAACCCUCCCCUAUAAGACUAGAAGAGUUGGUCAGAACAUGAAGUUUUCUAUAGGGUUGCUUCCAACUCUCCAGCAGGGAAUAGCAUACCAUGUGCUAUAAUGCCACUAUUGGUAAUAUGGGUACAGCUCUUAUCAGUAGCUCUCAUAUAAUUUUUAGAAACACUACAACUUGCACUUUUACAAACUUUCAGAAAUACUACAACUGGGGACAGUGCCAGCCUCAUAUCCAAUACAGAUCAGAAUUGAAGACAUUGCUAGCUAUAGUCCAAACUAGCUGAAGCACACAACUUAGAAGACCCAGCAGUGCCAUAAGUGCUAGUAGUAGUAGUUUAUUUACAGCUUCCACUAAAACAAUCCACUAAAAUGAACAGUAAAAAUUAUAUGUAAUAAAAGAACAACAUUUAUAUAAUGAUUAUUUUUGUUUAAAACAUAGACAUAAGGUUAUCCAUUCCAGCAGUGUACACAAAAUUAAAACAGAACAUGGUGCACAAUGAUACAAAAGAGAUAAAAUGAACCAGUGGACAGUAAAGCAAAGCAGAGGGAUUCUGUUUGAUUUUGGCCCUUAUUCUUUGUACAAAUUAAUUUGUAUUCUUUGUUUCUUUUUGGCCCUUAUUAUUUGCACAUACACCCAAGGAGUAUAGAAGAGACUCAGAUUGUUUUUUCGUCAUUAGCCCAGCAUUUACAAGUUCUCAUUCUUGGAGAGAGAGAUCCAUUUUCCUCUUAUUUCUUCAAAGAACAAACAAAACCACAAAUAGUGAUGUAAAUCACCUAUUUCAUUCUUCCCACAAAAACAUUCUUUCCGUAUAUGGGGGUCUGACACCACCUGCCCAUGUCAACUGCACAUCUCAUGAAAGCAAAUCUUAGUUUGCACAAGUGCUAGCAUUCUCCAGUCUUUGCCUUCAGCAUGGUUGCCUUCCACACAGCAGCAUUAAGAGAAGGCAGCUCCAUUUGCAGUUUCACCCUUCAGCAGACCCACAUUGUAAUUUUGCCCUGGCCUUCACUGCCCAUUUGCCAGUGCAGACACUGGUGAUAUUGGAAUCACUAGCAUAAUUUUUUAAGAAGUCCAAGGCAAAUUUCAUAAAAAGAUCAAUCUUUGUCAAUUUUAAUAUAAUGUAUUGGUAUAUUUAUUAUUUGUGAUGAUUUGAGAGGAAGGAAGGAUAGCAGCCUGUAACAGGAAAGAGAAAAGUAUCUCUAGCUUGGUACAUUAUAAGGAGUAGGAAGACAGCAGAUGCGAGAGCAGAAUGUUUUCUUUAGCUUGCCAGCUGUACUUUAUAUGAACUAAGCAUGUUUGCUGUUUUAAUCCCUAGAAGAGAUAAUAUAAAACUCAGUCACUGGUGUAGUGAUCAUUGGCUUCAAUUAAGAGAGUUUGGGCAUGAAAAACUAAACAAGUUUUACUGUGGAGCAGUAGGCAAGCUUCUGCAGUCCUUUAGCCGCUAUCACAGGCAGCUAUUUCCUGAGACCCCAUCUCUCAAUUCUUCUAAAUUAGGGAGUGUCUCUAAAUUACAACUUUUAUCGCUACAUCUUCCCUCUUAACAAUAACUACAAAAAUCAAUUAAUACAAAAAUGAAUUCACGUCCAUCUACAGAAGAGAAGUUAUUAGCACAUCUCUGAAGUCAGUCCUAUCCCCCCUUUUCUGCAGCAGUUUUGAUAAGUCUCCAUGAGUCUUUCAGGAAGUUUCAUUUUCCUCGCAGAUCAAUGAAGUAUGUGCCUGAGGAGCUCGCUUAUUGAUGAUCUGGUUCUUAGGGACUCUCUGAGCUUUGUACCUGUAAACAAGCUUUGAAUCGAAGAUAGUGUUUUGCAUUAGUCAUAAGUGAACUUUUAAAGUAUUCAGAUAGUCAACAGAUCGUAUCCCCUAGGUCUGGAUGCUUAGCCAAGCAAUCUAGGUAGCCUGAUUCUGCAAAAUUAGGCCCGUGGCCUUUCAGUCAGAUUGAUGUAUCUGGACUUUUGCACCUUUAAACUAUAAAUCUUUUGAGAAUUCAAGCUGGGAGCAUAGAGAAAAUCACUCUUGCAUUACCUCAGCAUUUUGCCUUCCAGCUCUUACAGAGAUUCAAAGAAGACAACCUGUCUUUUUUCUGGCUUACCAUCCCUUUCACAGGUUCUGUAACAAAUUUAGUUCAAGUUGAGAAGAGUACCGGGACUACAGUUUUUAAUUUGAUCCUGUGUAAGUUUUCCUGACUCGACUUGUUUCAUACGGAAGAAUUUCCAAAAGUGCUCAGUGCCAGUCUAAUUCUGUUUCUGUUAUUUUACCUGGUAGUGCCAUA